CCAAAGUCAGUGCCUUCCCUGCAGCUCGCUUGGAUUAGCAGGGUCAGAUUUAGCAUGAAUGUUCAUACUUCGUCAAACUUAAACCAGAUUUAAAUGAUGGGCCUUAACGGUCUUCACCUUCUGUGUCUUUUACUGCUGUACCAAGAGAUCCGACCCACUCAAGGAAGUUGUGAUAGUACAGAGUUUCAGUGUACCAACGGGCAAUGCAUUGACAUAGCUUGGAGGUGUGAUGGGACUAAGGAUUGCACAGAUGACUCAGAUGAGCUGAACUGUCCACCUCCACAAUGCACCUCACAGGAAUUUCAAUGUGUGACAAGUGGUGAAUGCAUCUCUGCGGGGUUUGUCUGCGAUGGAGAGGAAGACUGUGAGGAUGGCUCGGAUGAGCAAAGAACAUGUGAUGGACGCACCUGCAGCCCAGACCAGUUCACAUGCGGGGAAGGCCAGUGUAUCCCUGUAAUAUACAGAUGUGACCAUGUGAACGACUGUGUAGACAACUCUGACGAGAACAACUGCGACUAUCCACAGUGCCCUGAAAAGACGUGCGCUAAUGGGGCCUGUUACAACAACGCCGGGCAUUGUAAUGGACUACAAGACUGCAGAGAUGGCUCUGAUGAAUUCAACUGUGCCACAGAACACUGUCCCAUUCACCAGUUUGAGUGUACAAAUGGUUACUGUAUUUCUCACUCCUUUGUGUGCGACCACUGGGAUGACUGUGGAGACAACAGUGAUGAACAAGACUGUGUUUACCAGAGCUGCAGCGGUAAUGAAUUUACAUGCACCAGUGGUCGUUGUAUUCCUCAGUACUGGGUGUGUGACCAGUUUAACGACUGUGGCGACUACAGUGAUGAGAGAGGAUGUGAUAGUAACUCUCGAGACUGUUACCCUGGAGAGUGGGGAUGCCCUGGCUCAACAAAGUGUAUACCUCUGGAAAGCGUGUGUGACGGCAAACCAGACUGCCCUGAGGGAACAGAUGAGACCAACUCCACUGGACAGCAAACAUGCAGCCUGGAUCAGUGCUCCAGCCUGAGCUGUGAGUACCUCUGCCAUUCGUCUCCUCAAGGAGGAACUUGCUACUGCCCGGAUGGUUUCAUUGUAUCCAAUGACAGUCGUACCUGUGUGGACUACAAUGACUGUCAGAUUUGGGGGAUCUGUGACCAGCUGUGUGAAGAUCGUCCUGGGAGGCAUCACUGUAGCUGUGCUGAUGGAUACUUCCUGGAGCAGGGUCAUGUCUGCAAAGCCAAUGUGUCUGGUGGUUUGCCUCAGCUCAUUUUCACCAAUGGUGGAGAUGUGAUGAUUGGCGACAUACAUGGGCGCUUUGUCAGAACUCUGGUGCCGUCACAGGGCAAAGGUUAUUCUGUUGGGGUGGCGUACAACAUACGCAGUGACAUAGUCUUCUGGAGUGAUUCAUAUACCAAAAAGGUUUACUCUGCAGAUUUCAAUGGGGAUAACAUUAAAGAGGUUCUGACCACUGCAGUUCACAAUGUCCAGAACCUUGCAGUUGACUGGGUCAACCUAAAACUUUACAUCUUGGAAGCCAUGGUUGAGCGCAUUGACAUGUGCGACUUUGAUGGAGACAAUCGUGUCACACUGGUGGCUGAAGGUCUGCAGACUCCUCAUGGUCUAGCCCUGGACCCUACAGUGGGUUACAUGUUCUUUACUGACAUGGGUGUUGCAAGCGAAAAGAUGAAGCUUGAACGAGCCUUCAUGGAUGGCAGCAAUCGUUUAGAGCUGGUGAAGGACAAUCUUGGCACUCCAACAGGGAUCACCCUUGAUAUUGUCACGCAGAGGGUCUACUGGUCUGACAGCCACUUUGACACUGUGGAGACUGUUACCUACAGCGGUUUGGACAGAAAAGUAGUCCUGAAUGGCGGAACUCAGGCACCACAUCCUUUUGGAAUUGCUGUGUUUGAAAACCACGUCUUCUUCACUGACUGGACCAAGAUGGGUGUGGUGAGAGCAAAUCGCUUCAAUGGCAGCAACCCUGCGCUUGUUUAUCGCACAGCAAAGCGACCAAGCCAGAUCGUAGUGUCACAUCCUCUCCUGCAACCUCUUGUAAUGAACCCUUGCGGCAGACACAAUGGUGGCUGUCAGCACAUUUGUGUUUUAAGUCACCGCACCGGCAACGAUGGUUUGGGCUACCGCUGCAAGUGUCGCUAUGGUUAUAACUUACAGCCUGAUCGCCAGACCUGCUACAAGCUGAAGGACUACCUGCUGAUGGCCACUUCUCUGAGUGUAAGAGGAAUCCCUCUGAAUUCAUCCCUUCAAGAAGACGUCACCCUGCCUCUCUCAGGACUAUCAACAUCUUUUUCUGGCUCUGCUGUGGAGUUUGAUGCCAAUGAGGGAAAGAUUUUCUACAACGACAGGUCCAGAGGCCUGGUCUACAAGUCCAACCUUAAUGGAUCUAAUCAGGAUAUUUUGGAAGGCUACAGAGUGGGAACAGUUGACGCCAUGGCUUAUGACUGGACUUCCAAAGUCUUGUUUUGGACCACAAGCAGCUACAAGUCUGUGGUGGCCUUUAAAGUCACAGACAAGUCCAGACGGGACGUUGUGACAGGACUGAGAAACCCAAAAGGGAUUGCAGUGAGUCCCAGUGCUGGCUUCUUGUUCUGGUCUGACUGGUACCGUCCUGCAGUCAUAAUGAGAGGCUUCACUGAUGGCAGCAACGCUGUUCCUCUGGUCAAUACGUCUCUGGGAUGGCCAUAUGGACUUGCAAUUGACUAUGAGAUGGACCGGCUGUACUGGGUGGAUUCUCAGUUAGACCAGAUUGGUCAUAUUGGCUUUCUAGGAUAUGACAGAGAAACAUUUACAAAUAUUGGCCAGAUCACUCAACCAUUCUCUCUAACAGUUUACAAUGAGUUCCUGUACGUGGCAGAUACAAGAACUAGAGCCAUAUAUGAGAUGAGGAAGAGGGAUGGAGGUGGAAACAUUAUGAUCAGACAAGGAAUUACCGGCAUUAUGAAUCUCAAGGCCUUCAUUUCGGACCUCCACAGCAGGUAUGAUAGUCGUUGCAACAACUUGCCCAAUGGGCAAUGCAGCCACUUCUGCUUUCCAACUCCAUCUUACCAACGAGUGUGUGGCUGUCCAUACGGCAUGAAACUCGAUACCAACAACAGGGACUGCAUACAUGAUGAGUCUAUUCCAACUCCACCAGACAACAUCUGUGGCGACUUGUCCUUCGAGUGCGAUGAAGGGCGCUGUAGGCCAAACUCGUACCGCUGUGAUGGUAUCAUCGAUUGUGUGGAUAAGAGUGAUGAGAUGAACUGCACUGGUACAGGAGCAACCUGCUCUCCCUAUGCGUUCACCUGCAACAACAAGAACUGCAUCCGGAACAGUUGGCGCUGUGACGGCAUGGACGACUGCGGUGAUGGUUCAGAUGAAGUGGAUUGUCCCACUCGUCCCCCACCCAACACCUGCGCUUCAGAUUACUUUACCUGUGACAACCUUAGGUGCAUCUCUAAAGUCUGGGUGUGUGAUGGUGACAACGACUGCGGCGAUGGCUCUGAUGAACACAACUGCAAUUCAACCAUCACUACAUGCCCUCCGAACUACUUCCUGUGUCCGGACCACCGCUGCAUCUACAGCUCGUACGUGUGUGAUGGAGACCAGGACUGCCCGGAUGGAUCUGAUGAGGCAAACUGUGAGUUUAACUGCGCUUCCUAUGAGUUCGCCUGUGCCAGUGGGGACCAGUGUGUUAGUUCCAGCUACCAGUGUGAUGGGGUGUUCGACUGCAGAGACCACUCUGAUGAAAGAAACUGUCCUACUCGAGGUCCCGGCCUCUGCCAUGAUGACGAGUUCCAGUGCCAGACAGACGGGUUUUGCAUCCCAGACGAGUGGGAGUGUGAUGGCCAUGCAGACUGUGAAGACGGAUCUGAUGAACACAACACCUGCCCAGCUGUAACCUGCAGAUCAAACUAUUUCCAGUGUGCCAACAAGAUUUGCAUCCCGAUGAGUUGGGUGUGUGAUGGUGACAACGACUGCAGGGACAAUACUGAUGAGCAGGGCUGUCCCACUCCUCCAUUUAGUUGUCCCUCUGGACAGUGGCUGUGCCCCACUGAUGAGCUGUGCAUUGACGUGGAUAAGGUGUGCAAUGGCGAGAGGGACUGUCCCAAUGGAGCUGAUGAAUCCCCUAUCUGCAAUCAAGAUGACUGUGGGCUGAAUAAUGGCGGCUGCAGCGACGGCUGCAUUCAAGGACCGUUCGGGGCUGAGUGCACCUGUCCGUCAGGAUAUCAGCUCCUCAACGACUCAAAGACCUGUGAUGACAUCAAUGAGUGUCUGAUCCCAGGUUUUUGCAGCCAGCAGUGUUACAAUGAGAGAGGAACCUUCCGGUGUUACUGCUCACAUGGUUAUGUCCUGGAGCCUGAUGGACGCACCUGCAAAGCAACAGAUCAACUAGCAGCUGUACUCUUGGUUUCCAAGCGCAGCCAGAUCAUUGCCAACAAAAUCAACACAAAACCGCCACAGAUGCGUCCAGUGAUCAGCGGCUCGGCCAUUGUGACCGUUGACUUCGACAGCGUAACCACCAGAAUCUACUGGGCUGAUUCCUCACAGAAAAAGAUCUGGAGCUCCUUCCAAAAUGGCACAGACAGACGAGAAGUUUUCUCCUCCGGUUUAAUGGUACCAGAGAGUGUAGCUGUUGACUGGGUUGGUCGAAACCUUUACUGGACGGAUUCUGUCAUGGAGAACAUCGAGGUUUCAACACUGGACGGUCGCUUUAGGAAAGUCCUCCUCUCAAAGAACAUAACCAGCCCCCGUGGACUCGUGUUAGACCCCCGCAACUACACCUACCUGAUGUUUUGGUCCGACUGGGGCCAGAACCCUCGUAUUGAGCGUGCCGACAUGGAUGGCAACGUGAGAAAAGUCAUCGUCAGCACAAAGGUCUAUUGGCCCAAUGGUCUGGCCCUAGACUACACCACACGCAGGGUCUACUUUGCUGAUGCCUACCUCAGAUAUAUAGACUACUGUGACUAUGACGGCAACAACCGGCAUCAGGUCAUGGCUAGUGACAUGGUUCUCCAGCACCCACAUGGUAUGACCAUCUUUGAGGACAGCAUCUACUGGUCGGAGCGCUACACCAGCAAAGUGAUGAGGACCAACAAGUUCCAUGGAGGCAACAUCACCACGCUUAUGACCAACGUGUACCAGCCUAUGGGUAUUGUGAUGGACCAUCCCAUCAAACAGCCUGCUGCCAUCAACCCAUGCAGAGAGCAUCUGUGCACUCAGCUGUGCCUGCUGGCAAACCUGAGGCCUCGGUACUACACCUGCCACUGUCAGUCCGGCUGGAAGCUGGAUGCAGACAAACGCACCUGUAUCAAAGAUGAGAGUCCCUUCUUAAUGGUGGUGAGAGAUUCUGUGAUUUUUGGCAUCCCACUGGACCCAGCUGACACUUCCAACAAUGCAAUGGCUCCAGUGUCGGGCAUCAGCAUGGGCCGUGACAUUGACUAUGAUGACCAGGAGCAGCUUGUGUAUUGGGUGCAGAGCACUGGGGCUAUCUGGCAAGUGAAAACCAGUGGGACCAACAGAUCUGAGUUUGCUCCAGCUGCUUUUAUGGGCUCGCCGUCUGGUCUGGCUUUUGAUUGGAUUAGCCGAAUAAUGUAUUACACUAAUCCUACUAGUAAUACCAUAGAGGUCAUUCGUGUGGAUGGAGAUCAGCACUACAGAAAGACCCUCAUCACCUCCAAUGGUAAACCAGAGGGGACAGGAGAGCCAUUUGGAAUAACUGUGGAUCCAGCCCGAGGGAAACUGUUCUGGACAGACAGGGGAUCAGACAGUGGAGUUCCUCCAAAGGUUAGCAGUGCUGACAUGGAUGGAGGAAACCUGAGAAACCUCUACACAGGCAACCUGGCAAACAUAGGAUACAUCACUGCUGACAUUUCUACCAGGAAACUGUACUGGGCUGUGGCUGGCACAGGGGUGAUCGAGAGUGGCACCAUGGAUGGCGUGAGCCGGGUGACGGUUGUGAGUGGUCUGUCGCACCCAUGGGGUUUGACGAUCUACCAGAACCACCUUUACUACACCGAUGUAGACUACGAGGUCAUUGAGAGGGUGGAUAAAGAAAACGGCGCCAACAUGGUGGUGAUGAGGAGCAGCAUGUCUGGCCUGCGUGCUCUCAAAGUACAUGCUAGAGACAACUCAGCAGGGACCACCAAUGCCUGCAGCUCCAACAACGGGGGCUGUCCCCACCUCUGUCUGCCCAAACCAGACAAUCAGAAAACAUGUGCCUGCACCUCAGGUUUCCAGCCCUCUCAAGACGGCACCCGCUGUACACAGUUUGAAUCCUUCGCCAUCAUCUCAACCCCCAAAUACAUCCGCGGCUUCCACAUAAACAGCUCGGACCACUCAGAGGCGAUGGUGCCUGUUGGUGGAUCUUCCACCUACAAAGACAAGUUGGACCUUCAUAUCCCAUCUAACUUUGUGUACUGGAGUGACAACAGCACCUCCACCUCAUACAGGGGCAUUUACAGGGCCAAAACAGAUGGAGGCCACUACACCCGUGUUAUAAACACAGGCAUUGGACGAAGAGGCAUUCAGGGCUUUGCUGUAGACUGGAUUGCAGGUAACUUAUAUUUCACCAAUGCCUUUGAGACUGAGACCUUCCUGGAGGUCCUUGCCAUCAACACCACCUUAAGAAUGAUCCUCCUAAAGUCCACUGAGGACCAGCCGCGAGACUUGGCCGUCAGCCCCAAGCUUCGCUACCUCUUCUGGACAGAUGGCGGCCAAACACCAAAGAUUGAGCGGGCCUUGCUGGAUGGCACCAACCGCACCGUGCUAGCAUCAGACAGCCUUGCAUCACCUCGUGGCCUCACCAUCGAUUACACCAAUGAUUUCCUGUAUUGGACCGACGAUGUCCUGGACAUGAUCUCCAGGAUGGCUCCAGAUGGCACACAGAGGCAGAUCAUCCGAUAUGGGAGCCGGUAUCCGUCUCCUACAGGGGUGGCUAUACUUGGAAACAAGAUGCUGUGGGUGGAUAGAAAGCUGGGGAAGCUUUUCCAGGCCAGCAAGGACCCAAACAAUUCUGACCAGCCUGAGGUAAUUCGAGACAAUCUUGACGGACUGAUGGAUGUCACAAUCUUUGACGCUCAUGUCCAGCCCACUUCAGCCAACCAGGUGGGCUUUAACCCCUGUCAGGAAGAUAACGGACGCUGCACACAGCUCUGCUUCGCCAUAGCAGGACAGGAGCAACCAAAAUGUGGUUGUGCGCACGGCUCUCUCCUGAGUAAUGGAGUUACAUGUGGUUAUGGACAGGAUGAGUUUCUAGUUUUCACUACAGACUACACGCUGAAUAGCAUGAGGUUAGACCCCACGGACCACAGUACCCCCUUUCCAACACUUACCCUGGGGUAUAGCAUGGUUGCUCUGGAUUAUGACUUCAAGGAGAGGAGGAUUUUCUUCACUCAGUACUUGGGGAUCGGACGGAGCAGAAUUGGCUACAUCACCACGUCAUCCAUCAGCAGUCCGCCUGUGAUAAUCGCCGCAAAUUUGGAUGACCCGGAGGGAUUGGCAUUUGACUGGAUCAACAAACGCCUCUACUUUACUGACUACUAUAAACGCAAUGUCCAGGCCAUAGGAGUGAAUGGGCAGAACCGCUCCAUUAUUGCCCCUGCAAACCGCCCCAGAGGCAUCAUUGUUGACCCUUGCUAUGGCUACCUGUACUGGACUGACUGGGGCUCCCCUGCCAAGAUUGAAAGGGCAACACUUGGUGGAAACUUCCGGACCCCCAUUAUUAACACCAGCCUGACUACGCCCAAUGGCCUGUCCAUAGAUUAUGAAGAAAGGAUGCUGUACUGGGCUGAUGCCACAUUAGAUAAGAUCGAGCGUUCCACUUUGACUGGAAAAAACAGACAAGUUAUCUUGCAAGGGGUCAUGUACCCGUACUCCUUGACGGUCUUCCAGCAGGACAUCUUCUGGACGGACUGGACAGAGAGAGGCGUCUUUAGAGCUGGAAAGGAUGACGGCUCUGGCUUUGCAGUGCUGGCUCAGGACCUUCAGUACAGACCAAAUGACAUCCAUGUUUAUGCAGGUUCUAAACAGGAGAGCUGCUCCAGCUCAUGUCAGCAGUUUAAUGGAGGGUGCAGUCAUAUCUGUGUUCCUGGUCCGUUGGGUCCUGAGUGUCAGUGCCCUCAUCAGGGGAAGUGGUACCUGGCUAACAACGGUAAAGACUGCAUUCAGGACAAUGGGAAACGCUGUGAGCCUGAGCAGUUCACCUGCCUCAACGGUAACUGCAUCUCAGCACGCUGGAAGUGUGACGGCUACAACAACUGCCACGACAACUCUGAUGAGCUUGAGAGAGUGUGCGCUUUCCACACGUGUGCAGCUGUUGACUUCACCUGUGACAACGGGCGCUGUGUGCCGCUCAGCUACGUCUGCGACUACACAAACGACUGUGGCGACAACAGUGAUGAGCGGGGCUGCCCUUUCCCCACUUGUAACCCUGCAACAGAAUUCACUUGUGCAAAUGGACGCUGUAUCAACGCAGACUAUGUUUGUGAUGGCCGCAAUGACUGCCGCGACAAUGCCUCAGAUGAAAUCAAUUGCCCUGACCGGACAUGCCCUGCAGGCCAGAUAAAGUGUGACAACACCAACAUCUGCAUUUACCCUGAAAGCCUCUGUGACGGCUACAACAACUGCGGCGACAACAGUGAUGAGAAUCCUCUCUUCUGUGCGGGCCGUACAUGCUCCCCGGAUGAGUUCCGCUGUGAUGAAGGGAAAUGUAUACCUAAAUCUUGGGUAUGUGAUUAUGUCCAGGACUGUGAUGAUCGCACAGAUGAGCCUCCCUCUUGCCAGGAUGAGAUCAGAACAUGCAAUCCCAGCCAGUUCACUUGUACCAAUGGUAACUGCAUCCCUCAGUCAAUGGUCUGUGAUGGCAACAAUGACUGCUGGGACAACAGUGACGAGGCUCCUGAGCUGGAGUGUGGCCAACGUACCUGCAGCUCCAGUCAGUUCACCUGCCCAACCUGGCACCCAGGCCACCCUCGCUGCAUACCAUUAAGCUUUGUGUGUGAUGGUGAGAAAGACUGUGUCAAUGCCGCUGAUGAGCUCCAGAAUUGUCCCAACCGUACCUGUCACAUGAAUGAGUUUGCCUGCUCUAACGGGCUCUGCAUCUUCCUCCCCUUCCACUGUGACCAUGUGAACGACUGCGGGGAUGGCAGUGAUGAGCUGGGCUGCACCUACGACACCUGCAGCAGCUACCAGUUUACCUGCAAAAACGGAGCCUGUAUCCCCUCCUAUUACACCUGCGAUGGCGAGAACGACUGCUUGGACGGCUCAGAUGAGGCAGACAGCUUGUGCAUUACGCCGCAGCCCACCUGUGCCCCUCAGCAGUUUAUGUGUUCAUCAGGCCAGUGCAUUGAUGAAAAUAAGGUGUGCAAUGGACAGAAGGACUGCCAGGAUAACAGCGAUGAAAAGGGCUGUGGAGUCAAUGAGUGCCGUAGUCCGUCUGUCCAUAAGUGCGCCCAGAUCUGCACCGACACCCUCACUAGUUACUACUGCUCCUGUUACCCUGGCUACAAACUCAUGCCAGAUGGCAAAGCCUGUGAAGACCUGAACGAGUGCAUUAGCACGCCCUCCGUCUGCAGCCAGAUUUGUGAGAACACCGUGGGCUCGUUCCACUGCAAAUGUGCACCUGGAUACCUCCGUGAACCUGACGGACGCACCUGUCGUCAGAACAGUGGCAUCGCUCCGUACCUGCUUUACACUAACCGCUACUACAUCCGCAAGCUGACCACUGAUGGGUCACAGUUGAGUAUAGUCCUGCAGGGGCUGUCCAGUGUGGUGGCGUUAGACUUUGACAGCAUAGAGAAGAAGCUUUACUGGCUGGACGCAGGGGCAGGUAAGAUCGAGAGGAUGGGUUUGGACGGGAGCGACAGGGAGACUCUGACGGAUGAAGAUGUAAGAGGAGCUGAAGGCCUCGCGCUGGACUGGGUGGGCAGGAAAUUGUACUGGGUGGACGGUUAUUACAGCUCAGUUCACGUGAUGGAGCUGGAUGGACGUUACAAGAAGAGGCUGCUUUCAGAGCAUUUUAUAGAUGGAAAUAACACAUAUCUCAUCAGCAGACCUCGAGCUGUGGCUGUUAACCCUAAAUACGGUUGGCUGUACUGGACUGACUGGGGUGAUGAAGCAUAUAUUGGCAGAUCAGGCAUGGAUGGAACCAAUGUUACUGCCAUUAUUACAACCAAGCUAGAGUGGCCCAGUGCGCUGACUAUUGACUACACCACCAACAAGAUCUUCUUUGCUGAUUCUCAUCUUAACUUCCUGGACUUUGCAGACAUGAAUGGUAAGAACCGCCUCAGAGCCAUUUCUGGUUCACUUCCCCAUGUGUUUGCUGUAACCCUGUUUGAGGACUGGGUCUACUGGACCGACUGGAACACACACACAGUGGAGAAGGCUCACAAAUACACUGGAGAACAACGCACCAUCAUGGGAAACAACACACAUCGGCCCUAUGACAUUCAUGUGUACCACCCCUACAGACAGCCUCGCAGUGAAAACCCUUGCUCCUCCCAUCAUCUGACGUGCAGUCACUUAUGUCUGAUUGGUCCCGGAGGGCAGCAAGCUUCCUGUGUCUGUCCAGAUCACUUCAUUGGCCUCAUGGUGGGCUUCAAGGUCCAGUGUGUGGCUGACUGCUCCAGUACACAGUACCGCUGUGGAGACAAUGAAAGGUGUAUCCCCAUUUGGUGGAAGUGUGAUGGACAGUCAGACUGUGGCGAUGGCUCAGAUGAACCUCAGACCUGCCCUCCACGUUUUUGCCCUGUUGGCCAAUUCCAGUGUCAGGACGGUAACUGCACUUACCCCGGCUUCCUCUGUGACGGCCAUGCUGACUGCCCUGACAGUUCAGACGAAGACGCUGCUCUCUGCAGUGAUCACAGGUGCGAGGAGAACCAGUUCCAGUGUAAAAACAAGAUGUGCAUCCCAGUAUCUUGGCACUGUGACGGGAUAAACGACUGUGUAGAUGGCAGUGACGAGGACCCAGAGACUUGCGCUCAGAAGACCUGCAAACCGGGACAAUUUCAGUGUGCAAAUGGGCGCUGUCUGCCGUCGAGCUACGUAUGUGAUGCCCAAGAUGACUGUGGUGAUGGAUCUGACGAGCCAUUUGAAAUCUGCAGGGGUCCAGAUUACAAGUGUGAUGAGGAAACAGAGUUCUCCUGCAAGACAAACUACCGCUGCAUCCCUACGUGGGCACGUUGUGACGGCACCAAUGACUGCCUUGACAACAGCGACGAGCAGGGCUGUGAGGAAGUGACCUGUGAUCCUCUGGGAGAUUUCCGGUGUGACAACCACCGCUGCGUCCCUAUUCGCUGGCAGUGUGACGGCUCCAAUGAUUGUGGGGAUGGCUCAGAUGAGAGGAACUGCGAGCCGAGACCCUGCUCUGAAAGUGAGUUUAAAUGUGAUGAUGCACAGUGCAUCCCUGGAAGCUGGGUGUGUGACCAUGACAACGACUGCGGGGACAACUCAGACGAGCGGGACUGUGAGUUGCUGACAUGCCGUCCAGGUAGUUUCCAGUGUGACUCGGGUCAUUGUAUCCCUGCUGCUCUAGAGUGUGACGGGCGCGCUGAUUGCCAGGAUCUGUCAGAUGAGACCAAAUGUCCAACUCGGUUCCCAGGAGGCCGUUGGUGCCCUCAGAGCCAGUUCGAGUGCGCAAACCAUCUGUGUGUGAGCCAGAGCUGGGUGUGUGACGGCACAGAUGACUGCGGGGACCGCUCAGAUGAACAGCUCAGUCUAUGCUUGAACAUCACCUGUGAGAUGCCGUACAAGUUCCGCUGUGCAAACGGAUACUGUGUUUACGCGGGCCUGCUGUGCAACCAGAAGGACGACUGUGGAGAUGGCAGUGACGAGAAGGAGGAACUCUGCCGUGAGCCCACGCUGCCCCCCUGCACUCUGGAUGAGUUCAAAUGCACAAAUGGACACUGCGUGGCCCUGCGGUAUGUCUGUGAUCACAACGACAACUGUGGGGACCGCACAGAUGAGUUAGGAUGCAAUUUUGGCCAAGAUCGCAACUGUGAUGAGAAACUCUGUCAGCAUGAGUGUACCAACCUGAACGGCACGGGCUUCAUCUGCUCCUGUAGACCCGGAUACAAAGUGAACCCAGACAGCACCUACACAUGCCAGGACAUCAACGAGUGUGAGGUGUUUGGCACCUGUCCUCAGGUGUGUAAGAACACAAAGGGGGGCUACGACUGUGAAUGUGCACCUGGAUACCGAAGAGUUGGCAACGGGGACAUGUGUGAAGCUGAGGGAGCAACACCCCUGCUGCUUCUACCAGAAAACAUUCGUAUCCGCAAGUUCAACCUUCAGACAGAGACUUACCAUGACUUCCUCCAAGAACAGGAGCACAUCACAGGACUGGACUACGACUGGGACCAUAACAACACUGGAUACAGUAUGGUGUACUUCACUCUAGCUGGUAAGGGCUCUGCACCAGGGGCCAUAAAGAGAGCGUACAUACCCUCAGUGGACGAUGGCAGCAACAACAUCGGAGCUGCUGUCGACCUCGGCAUCAAAUACAUCACCAACCCUGGUGGCAUCGCCGUGGACUGGGUGGGCAGGAACCUUUACUGGGCAGACUCCAGGGUGAGGAGGUUAGAGGUGGCCAUGCUGGAUGGACGCUACAGGAAGCACAUAGUCAAGACUGAGCUGGGACAACCGUCUGCUGUGGCUGUUAACCCACGACUGGGGAUGUUGUACUGGGCAGACAAAGGAGAUACACCCAAGAUCGAGUGCUCAUGGAUGGAUGGUCAGGAGAGGAAAGUCCUGGUAGCUGAUGGUCUGGGUUGGCCCACUGGCCUGUCAAUUGACUUUACUAACGGGGACAGAAUCUACUGGUCUGACUGUAAGGAGAGCCACAUAGAGUCUGUUCUGCCUUCAGGAGAGGACCGCAGAACUGCUGUCUUCAUAGAUGUUAGGAACCCGUUUAGUGUGAGUGUGUUCGAGGACCAUGUUUACUGGAGCACUGAGGAGAAGGGUGAGGUGUUUCGGCAGGACAAGUUUGGCCAUGGAGUCAAGACCAAGCUGCUGACUGCUGGGCCGUGGCUGACCCAGGUCUCUGUGUACCAGCAACAGAGAUACAACUCUAUUGGCAUGAAGAAUCCAUGUAAGGGAACCUGCAGCCAUCUUUGUUUGCUGCGACCAGGAGGUUACACCUGCGCCUGCCCCGAAGGCACCAGCUUCAUCCCUGGCAGUAACACUGAAUGUGACGCAGGGUUCGAUCCUAUACCCACCAUGCCUCCACCCUGUCAGUGUCAGAAUGGAGGCACAUGCUAUUUUGAUGACAACAGGGCUCUGUGCAAAUGUCCUCCUGAGUGGCAGGGAGAUUAUUGCGAGACAAACAAAGCCAGCGUGCUAGCAUCCUCUGUUGGAAUCGCAAUCGGGGUGACAAUAUUGAUCGUGGCUCUGCUGGCUGCUCUGGUCUAUGCUGCCAAGAAGAAACCCAACCUGCUGAAGACAAUACAGGAGAGGAUACCCAGCAUGCCCAGCAUGCCCAGUAUGCCAUCAAUGCCAUCCAUGCCAUCCAUGCAGACCUUUAGAAAUGGAGUUUCUCCAAAUGCAGCGUCAACAGACGGGAUUGACACCAGGCUGAAUCCUGAUGCAGUUCCCUCUAUGUCUGUGUCGAUGGUGGACACAGAGGGGAAGAGUUUUGAGAAUCCAGCGUAUGAAGCUGGAAAAACACCUGCAGCUAAAAGCGUGGUGACAAACACCUCGUCUCCUGAUGGAACACCCAAGGAGUUCAUUGCCGACCCCCUCUCUGUGGAAGGAGUUGAAGUCAUGGAUGCACCCACCAGAAGUUCAACAGAACCUGCUGCUGCAUCUAAAGAGGCUUUUGAGAACCCAGCAUACAGCUCAGACUCGGAGGAUGUCAACGUCGCUGCUGCACAGCCAGCUGCUUCAAGUGUGCAGCUGUUUGAACCCAUUGUGGAUGAUGGUUUGGUGUCUUUCAAAAACCCGAUAUACACGGAGAACACAUUUCCACCCACUUCGGACUCUGACAUUUGAUGCAAACUCCUCAUCAGAGACUGAAAACUUGUCAUUUAAUGACUGAGCAAAAAAUGUUUGUAAAAGAACGUAUUUGUGCUUCUUACUAGCUAAAUUUUAAUUUGAAUGUGGCUUUUUCUGCUAAUUUUAAAAAACGUAAUUUAAUGUAAUUAAUAUAAGACUCGAUCAAUGACAGAAUAAAGUGAAAAGAAACAUGUAAAUGCUGUGUUUAUGAUGAUGUGUAUUUAAUGUAAUGUUUUAAUGUAAGAAAGUUGAAUAUUAA